CUCAAAGGAAAUAAAUAAUAUAAUGUCCGCAACACAAAAGGAAAUGCAGGAUGCUCGUCUUCCGUUGGGCUAUCGAGAUUCUUGUGCACAUUUGCUCAUUCCUUUGAACAAGUGUCGUUCCGAAACUUUUUAUUUACCAUUCAAGUGUCAGGAUGAACGUCAUGACUAUGAGAAAUGUCAAUACGAUGACUGCAUUCGUAGAAUGAAGACUGCAGAGGAAAGAAAGAGACGCGAGGCUGCCGAGGCUGCUGAGGCUGCUGAUCAAUAAAUUAGAAACGUUCCCGCCAAAGAAAAGAAGAAAAGAAAAGAAAAGAAAAGUUCCUUUGCUCCCGUCCCAUAUAUCAAUCCCCCCCUCUUCCUAUUCAUAUCCCAAACGAUAUAAAAAUAAACCUCUCCGCUCUCUCUCUCUCUCUCUCUCUCUCUCUCUCUCUCUCUAGGCUUUGGAAAAGCAAGUCAAGAC